AUGGAUCUCAAGGAGACGGAGGAGCAGCGUCAGAUGCGACGCAUUGCGUUUGUCGCCGUCGUGGUGUCGACGGCUGCUGUUAUUGCCAGCGUCGUUACGCUCCCGAUGCUCUACAACUAUGUCCAGUCAUUCCAAAGUCAUUUGAUGGUCGAGACUGAUUACUGCAAGGCUCGCUCUCGAGAUAUGUGGCUAGAAAUGACGGCGUUACAAGCCGGGAAAGGUUUGCUGCAUCGCCAGAAGAGAGCUUGGUUAUUCGGACAGUGGAUCCCUGAGGGUGGUUCUGGAGGUGGCGGAUCUGGUGGUACCUACGCAACUGGCGGAACUGGUGGUCCAUAUGCGACUGGAGGAUCUGGUGGUCGCGGUGGCGGCAACACUGCCGGAUAUGGUGGGUACGGAGCAGUAGCGAAUUCGGAGCCGGCUCCAACGUGUUGUACUUGCAACCAGGGCGCAGCAGGACCUCCAGGACCUGAAGGACCCCCCGGAAAUAAUGGGAAGGAUGGACGCAAUGGAAAAGAUGGAAAGAAUGGAAGAGAUGCAGAACUGCUUGCUGCUCCACCAGCAGAAACCUGUGUGAUCUGCCCACCUGGACCUCCUGGACCGAUGGGUGCAAUGGGUCCGAAGGGGCCACCUGGACCGAAGGGAUCACCCGGAGAACCACCGAAAGACGGAAACGCUGGAGAAGAUGGAAUGGCCGGACAACCUGGUCCUAUCGGAAGACCGGGCCGAGAUGGCAUGAAGGGCGCCCCUGGAGCUGUUGGAAGGCUUAUUCCCGUACCUGGACCACAAGGACCUCCAGGAAAACAGGGACCGCCCGGGCCUCCUGGACCAAAGGGAAAUCCUGGACCUGACGGACAAUCAUACCAAGGUCCACCAGGACCCCCUGGAGAUCCGGGAAAUUCUGGACCCGAAGGAAGGCCCGGACCGAACGGGCCACAAGGGCCUCCUGGUAUGGAUGGAGAGAAGGGCGAUUGUGGACAUUGUCCUCAAGGUGCUGUGCGAUAUGGCCGCUGUGAACAGUUCGAGAAAAAAACUGGAACUCCUCAGCAGAAGUGCGAACUCGAUCCGUACUGGACAAGCGAGACUUCAUUUAGACACGCUUCACUGCUGGUUGCAUGGGAUGCUGUGACUCAUUUGACGCCUUCGCUUAGACCGUUCCUUCCGACUGGUGCUGUUUUGGGCUUUAGUGUUGGGCUUAUCUUUUGCUGGGUCUUUUCAUGGUCUCCUACUCACAUAUCAUCGAAGAACUCAUUCUCAGAGAACAUGGAACGGAUCGAGGUCGGCAUGCAUGUCGACAUUCAAAGAUCCGACGGACGUGUUCAUGGCGCGGUCGUCUCUCAGCUUAAGCCAGAACGUAGAGCAGUUCUUGUGGAAUGGUUUGAGAAGGGUGAAACGAAAGGUAAGGAGAUCGAUCUCGCUUCGUUGGUAGCUAUCAAUCCGACACUCAAAGGAAAGGAUUCGUUAUCAAAAACACUAGUGCACGCACAUGACGAGAACAACGAUGAGAAUGAAAUGCUGUUUGAUAUCCCACGUCCUAACAGGAGGACGGUACUUCCGACACAACGUGCUCCACCUGAGUCAAGUUCUAAUGCAGCAUCUGUGCGUCGUUCAAUGCUUCUGGAUCGUGCUGGCAGUGGUAGCGACCUUACAAUUGUUACUGAAGAUGUGUCUCACCAUCAGAACACGAAUCACCGACAAGCACCACGAGGCUUAGUGGCUCCACAGAAAAUUACCUUGCCUUCGAAUAAGCGUGCCGCCGCUGGCGCUAGUGCGGCGACUACACCAGUAGAGCGGAACCCUCAACCUCUCACCAUGUUGAAGUCAUCUGAAUUGGAAGAUAUUAAUGACACAAUUGUUGUUCCCGAGACCAAAAUGAAGUCUUCGACUGUUGUUAACAUUGAAAAGUUGCAAAAAGAACGCGAAGAGAGGAGAGCUCAGCAGAAUCAUGUGAAGAAACAGAAGGAGAUGGAAAAGAAUAUUGAUCCUGGAAACCCUAAUUAUCAGUUCUUGCUCAUGAUCCGGGAUUAUCAGUCUCAGAUCGACUACAGACCCCUAAAAAUGACUGACCAAGUUGUGGACAAUCGUAUAUCAGUUUGCGUUAGGAAAAGACCCCUCAAUAAGAAAGAAAUCAGCAAGAAGGAAAUUGAGGUCAUUACGAUUCCUAAUCGUGACCAUUUGAUUGUGCACCAACCACAAGUUAAAGUUGAUCUCACAAAAUACUUGGAUAAUCAAAAGUUCCGAUUUGAUUACACUUUUGACGAGAAUACUUCUAAUGAAAUGGUUUAUAAAUUCACCGCACAGCCAUUAGUAAAGACAAUUUUCGAUCAAGGUUUUGCCACUUGUUUUGCUUACGGGCAAACAGGAUCAGGAAAGACGCACACGAUGGGUGGAGAUUUUACAGGAAAGAACCAGAAUUGUGCCAGUGGGAUUUACGCUCUUACCGCGAGCGAUGUUUUCAAGAUGCAACAUUCACAACAGUAUAAGAAAUUGAAUCUUUCUGUCAGCUGUAGUUUUUUCGAGAUAUACGGCGGAAAGGUGUUCGACCUUUUGAAACACAAAGCUCUGUUACGAGUCCUCGAAGACGGUAAGAAAGAAGUGCAAGUAGUCGGACUUCAAGAGAUGCCUGUGAAAUGCGAGAGCGACGUUCUUGAUUUAAUUCGACAAGGUACUGACAUGCGUACAGCUGGUGCUACUUCGGCGAAUUCAAACUCUAGUAGAUCCCAUGCUGUUUUCCAAAUAAUUCUGCGAAGAGAUAAGAAGCUCUGGGGCAAAUUUUCUUUGAUAGAUUUAGCAGGUAAUGAGCGCGGUCAAGAUACCGGCAACUCUGACCGACAAACACGUAUGGAGGGAGCAGAAAUCAAUAAAUCUCUUCUUGCUCUGAAGGAGUGCAUAAGAGCAAUGGCCAAAAACAGUCACCAUGUGCCGUUCCGCACAUCGAAACUUACCUUGGUUUUACGAGAUUCGUUUAUUGGUGAGAAGGCGCGUACAUGCAUGAUAGCUAUGAUCAGCCCCGGUAUGUCAUCAUGCGAACACACAAUUAAUACUCUUCGUUAUGCCGAUAGAGUGAAGGAGCUUGGUGCUGACGAAGGUGGGAGCUCUCCUCCAAUGAACGACGAGGAACUCAUGUUGCGAACAGGUGGUGAUGACGCUGACAACGAAGAUGCUGAUCUUUCACUUGUUUGUAGCAGAAAUGGAACUGAUAAAACCACUUUUGAUAUGAUGAAGAUAGUUUCGAAUUUAACUGCGGCUGAAGAGGAGGCUCUUUAUAGUCAAUACAACCUCGAACAGAAUAUGAAGACCUGGUUAAAGGAUAUGGGUAACCUGAUUACACGUUCAAAUACUGUGGAUUAUGACCAAGAAGCUUAUGUACGCGAUUCGUUAUCGCUGACCAACAAAAUGUGGAAUGGAUUGUCGGAGUGCAUGGAUCGGUUGAAAAAAUGGCAAGAUCUACAGGCAGCAGAGGCAGAAAUGUCCAAAAAAGUGACAAGGAAAAAGUUAGACUCCAACCGUUAA